UGGAUGGCAGACUCUGAAACGAAAUGCUGUUUUAAGAGACACCAAAGAUGCUGACAAGAAAAAUUAAACUUUGGGACAUCAAUGCCCAUAUAACUUGCCGCCUUUGCAAUGGUUAUCUUAUUGAUGCUACCACUGUAACGGAAUGCUUGCAUACCUUUUGCAGGAGUUGCUUGGUAAAAUAUUUGGAAGAAAAUAAUACCUGUCCCACAUGCAGGAUAGUAAUACACCAGAGUCACCCUCUCCAGUAUAUUGGUCAUGACAGAACAAUGCAAGAUAUUGUUUACAAGCUUGUUCCAGGUCUUCAAGAAGCGGAAAUGAAGAAGCAGAGGGAAUUCUACCACAAAUUGGGCAUGGAAGUACCAGGUGACAUCAAAGGGGAGACGUGCUCAGCCAAGCAGCAUUUAGAUUCUCACCGUAAUGGGGAAACUAAAGCAGAUGAGAGCACAAACAAAGAAACAUCAGAAGAGAAACAGGAAGAAGAUAAUGAUUAUCACAGAAGUGAUGAACAGGUAAGCAUCUGCUUGGAAUGCAACAGUAGCAAAUUGCGUGGAUUGAAGAGGAAGUGGAUUCGUUGCUCAGCACAAGCUACAGUCUUGCAUCUAAAGAAGUUCAUUGCCAAAAAACUUAAUCUUUCUUCAUUUAAUGAGCUGGAUAUAUUAUGCAAUGAAGAAAUUCUGGGCAAGGACCAUACUCUCAAAUUUGUAGUUGUUACAAGAUGGAGAUUUAAGAAAGCACCUCUACUGCUACAUUACAGACCGAAAAUGGACUUGCUGUAAGAACUGUUUUGUCCUUGUGGACGGUUUUUUGCAGAGACUAUCAUCAGGCACCUUCUUAGUGCAUCAUUACUCAAUUCACUCGUGACAUAGACCAGCAAAAUCCAUCCCUGAAAACAGUAGUACUUUCUCACUCCGCCAUUCUGAAUAUUUCUCUAAGAGAUGCAUUAAACUCAACUUUCAGGACAGUAAAAAA